ACGCGCACCCUACGCUCUCCUCCUCCACCAACUCCUCCUCGAGCCAAGAAACCAUCAAGCUAGCGAGGCCACCUCACCGGCCGCCAUGGAGAUCCCGCCGCUCUAACGGCGGCGCGUUCUUGCUCGUCGUCGGAGCUAGAGAUCGAUCGACCAAGCUAGCGUUUCUUCGAUUAGAUAUAGUCAUAUCUAUAUAGGUAGAAGGAUGGGUGUGCACUUGCUGAAGAGGCAGCAGUCAUCGGCGUCGGCGGGGGGCUCGUCGGCGGGGGGAGGGAUGCCGCCGAAGGGGUGCAUGGCGGUGAGGGUGGUGGGGCCCGGCGGCGUGGGCGGCGGCGGAGGAGGAGCGGAGGGAGAGAGGUUCGUGGUGCCGGUGGGUUAUCUGAAGCACCCGCUGUUCGUGGGGCUCCUCAAGGAGGCCGAGGAGGAGUUCGGGUUCGAGCAGAAGGGCGCCAUCACCAUCCCCUGCGGCGUCGACCACUUCCGCCGCGUCCAGGGCAUCAUCCACCACCAGAAGCACCACCACGGCGGCUCCCAUGGCGCCGGCGGCGCCGGCGCCGGCGGCCUCCUCUCCGGCCACGGCUCGUCGGGACACCACAACAACUUCCACAUCGCCGCCUGCUUCAGGGCCUGAUUGAGAUGAUCAUCAGAUGAUGAUGCAUGGUGUUUCUUUGGCUAGCUUCUCUCUCUCUUAGAUCGAUGGAUUAAUAAUACUUAGGGUUUUAAUUUCCUUUUGGUUAGGAAUUUAGUCAUGGUUUGUGAUGAUGAUCAAAAAGGAUCAUGCAUGCAUGAGCAGAUCUGUCAUGCAGCUGCGGGUUGUUCUCUGUUCAUCCUUAUAGGACUCUCUCUCUCUCUCUCUCUCUCUCUCCUAGUUAAGUUAGAUUGUGAUGAUGAUGAUGAUGAAAAUGGAGAUCAAAGGAUCUGUUCAAUCAAAACAAAAGAUGUUCCCUUUCUUCUUUUUCUUUA